UCCCAUCAAACGAAAGCUCACCGUCGCCAAGACAUAUGACACAGCCAACCCAAUAACGAGGCCGCCCAAGCGGUGGACCUCACUCAGAUCGGCCAAACCCAACCUAGCACAAGCACCUCAGCUUGUUCUCCGCAAAGCCAUCCUCUCCUCCAACCUCACCUUCCACCGUCCCCUCAUCCAAUUCUCGUCACACAUUCGCCUCGAAGCUCUCCUCAACAGACAACGAUCAGCCCGAAGAUUCCAUCUCCGUCUCCCCCUCUCAAACCAUCACAGCACCUCCACCGCCACAAUGUCAAACACGCAAUCUGAAGACAAGAAGAAGGCCGAAGCUUCACAACAGCCCCAACAACAAAAGCCCACCGUGCUAGAGGAGGACGAUGAGUUUGAGGACUUCCCCGUUGAUGACUGGCCCGAGAACGAAACCGAGCAGGCGUCCGGCUCAACGAACGGGAACAACGUGCACCUGUGGGAGGAGAGCUGGGAUGACGACGAUGCCGCCGAGGACUUUUCGAAGCAGUUGAAGGAAGAACUCAAGAAAGUCGAGGCCUCCAACUGA